AUGAACAAGGUUACGAACAAACCCAAUAACAAUCUUCAAUCUAUACUAAAUAACAUUAGUAUUAUGAAACAUAACCGCAGCGACACUUCAACUUGUCCUACUUCGCUAGACUUGUUCAAACUUGGCAAUCUUGGCUGGUUGUUAGUUGAACGUUUUGACUGAUCAUCAGGACGUCACCGAAUCUGGUCUAGCGUUGCUAUGGCUGCCCUCAGCAUGCUCGCCAAAGAGACUGGACUAACUGCUCUUCUGUUCAACGUAGCAUUUGAUUUGUACAGAUGUUGGAACACCAACAGAUUGUCAUCUACAGUGAAAUUACGAUGGAGAAGCGACAGCUCAUGCGGUCGAGUCAUUAGAGCUUUGGCUGCUCUGGUUCUUCUUGCUGGAGCUAGGCUGGCAUUACUGCAGGGAUCCUUACCGGCUUUUUCGCCUCAAGAUAAUCCUCCAGCAUUUCACCCUUCAUUUAGCGUCAGGUUGAUGACCUUUUGCUACCUAGCAGCGUUCAACUGGUGGCUGCUCCUGUACCCCUGGACGUUGAGCCACGAUUGGCAGAUGGGCUCAGUACCACUUAUCACUAGCUGGUGGGAUCCAAGGAACCUGCUCACAUGUGCGGCGUUUAUAGCAUUGCUGGCGCUUUCGUAUAGAUGUUUAGUUGACUUGGAGUUACAACGUCACACUCCUGCAGUAGUUGGACUAAUGCUGCUUGUGAUUCCAUACCUGCCAGCCUCGAACCUUCUCGUCACUGUCGGAUUCGUAGUGGCGGAACGAGUGCUUUAUAUACCCAGUGUGGGCUCAGUCAUAAUAACUGUUUAUGGCGUCCAACUGAUGUGGAGAAGAGGUUCUGGAGGUAGACUGUUGGUACUGGGAGUUGCCGUACUUGUAGCUGGAGGAGUUGCGAGGACUCACUUGAGGAACAGAGAUUGGAGAACAAGGGAGACUCUGCUGAGAGCUGAUCUCUCUGUAUUGCCACACAAUGCCAAACUCCACUACAAUUUUGCCAACUUCUUAAAGGAUAUUGAGCAACAAGAGAAUGCUAUUAAACAUUAUAAGGAAGCACUACAGUUAUGGCCCAGCUACGCCAGUGCACAUAACAACCUCGGCACUUUGGUGCUGGCUUCGGGCCGAGCCGAACACCACUUUCUGCAAGCACUCAAAUACAACAGGGACCAUGUCAACGCACAUUAUAAUCUGGCAAAACUAUAUAGGAAAAAGAACCGUAUUCCAGAAUCAUUAAAGAUGCUAGAACGAUGCAUCUCUUUAGAGCCGAGGUUUGUCCAGGCAUAUCUUGAGCUGUUGCUACUCAAACCAGACGAAGAGAAGAAAGGGGUGUUAGAUAAACUUCUGGAAUUGGAGCCAUCAAAUUGGGAGCAUUAUGUGCUCUAUGGAAAUUGGUACAAAGAUAGAGGUCUUCUUCCUAUAUCUUUAGAGUACUACAUUACAGCAAUGAGACUUUCCUUCAAUACUGCAACUGGCACUAUUAGGGGUGAAGUGUUGUCGCUUCGUGCGGCCUGCCUUGCGUUGCGAACUUUAGGGCAGUAUAGCAGGAUGUUGCAGUUACUUAUUAGAUGGCACGGUGUCCGUGGAGAUGCUCAGCCGCCGAGCCGGCGCCUUCUGGCGGCGCGCGCCUGGCGCUUGCGCAGCGAACUCGCCGAGCGCGCUGCGCACUACGCGCGCCCGCGUCUUCAACCUGAGACCGUAACAUCGACCUGCCUACAUCACAGCCAGCUCGAAGUCUCAGCAGACUACACGAACAAAUUAAAACAAGAAGACACAGACUCCAGAUUAUUACCUCAGGAUAUGAAAGCGCCGAGAGUUCCCAAUUCAGAGGACACGAAAAAAAUUGCAGAUAAAAAUAAUUGCCAAAAAAACUUACCGCGAAAAAAAAGUGUAUCAUUGUCUAGUCAUUUUAAAUUGACACAUAAUAAAUCUGAAAUUGGACACAAGAAAAGUUGUCCUCUGCAUAAAAAAAAGAAAAUUAAAGACCCUGAGUUCACACCUUACGUGUCAGACCACUUGAUAAAGACUUAUUAA